AUGCAACUUCUUCAUUUCGACGAGUCUGGAAGACCAGUCUUGACAGACUUCGCCGGAAAGACCAUCCCGCGUUAUGCAAUCUUGUCACACAGAUGGUGGGGAGACGCUGAUGAGGUCCAUUACCAUGAUAUACUGAACAACACCUAUGCAAGCAAGGAUGGCUUCCGCAAGCUCGAAUUUUGCGCCAAACAAGCCAGUCAGGAUCACCUUCAGUACUUUUGGAUCGACACAUGUUGCUUUGACAGAUAUAACAAUCUUGAACGCUCAAACGCGAAUGCUGUAAAAUGUUACGUAUUCCUUUCCGAUGUGUCAGUAGCUACGGCGGCAGACGCCCAGCAGCAAAAUACAUGGGAAGCACGUUUCCGGGCUAGCAAAUGGUUUACUCGAGCUUGGACACUUCAAGAGCUCAUCGCUCCAACUUCAGUUGAAUUUUUUUCUUCUGAAGGUCUGCGAUUGGGAGAUAAGAACUCCCUCUUGCCGUUACUACAAAGAGAAACCGGCAUUCCAUCAGAGGUUCUACAGGCAGAUCAGUCCGGUGCGAAGCUUAUUGACUUUCUAGAAAAGUUUAGUGUCUCAGAUCGAAUGUCGUGGGCCCGUACCCGCGAAGUGACCGAACCAGAAGACCACGCAUAUUGUCUUCUUGGAAUCCUUAACGUACAAAUACCUCUCGCAUAUGGCGAAGGAAAAGAGGAAGCAUUACGCAGACUUCUAGAUGAGGUUGAACAAUCGGAUACCACCCCAUCUAUCAUUCUUUUCUCCCGAAAUAAACGAUUUGUAGGGCGUCAGUCACAGCUUAAAGAGGUCGAAAAUAUCCUGUCUACUAGAGAGCAAACUACAAGAAUUGCGAUAACAGGAGAAGGGGGUACAGGCAAAUCACAGUUGGCGCUCGAGAUUGUGUAUAGUAUUAAAGAAAAGGAUAAGGCAUGCUCAGUCUUCUGGAUCGACGCUGGUAACAUCGAUAGUGUAUACUAA